CCUAUAACAUCAUCAUCAUCAUUAAUGAUAUUAAUGUUUGGUAUGGUAAAUGCUCAACAACAACAACAACAACAAUUAAAAUGUGGAGAUUUAAAACAAUGUUCAAAAAUGUUUCGUGAAGCAACAUUAUCACAUAAUCUUUCAUAUGAUCUUUCAAGUGAUAAAAUUGAACGUAUUUGUGUAAAAUUAAAUCGAGCUGUAAAUUGUUUCAAAAAUUAUCGUAGCAUGUGUAUUAAUGAUAAUAUACAUAAUUCAAAAAUAAUUACCGAUUUUUAUGAUCAAAUGUCGGAAGGACCACUUGGAUUAACAAUGGAACUAUGUAAUAAUACUAAAUUCAAACAAGAUUAUUUAACAUUAGGACCAUGUCAGAAAAAAUAUCGUGGUGAAUUUGAUCGUUGUUUAACAAUGAAUCAAGGUAAUCAAAUUACACAAAAUGAUUCAAAUUCAACAAUAUUGGAACAAUUUAUUGAACAUUGUUGUGCACUACAUAAUUAUCACAAUUGCAUAUAUGAUAUUAGCCUAGAUAAAUGUGGAAAAGAUGCGGCCGAAUUUUCAUUAAAAAUUCUGGAACUUUUUAAUCGUAAUUAUCUACGUGAAUGUGCUAAAUAUGCAAAUCUAUCACAUUUAUGUUCAAAUCGUUUUUCACGUUCAAAUGCUACAAAUAUUCAUCUAUUAUGGUCAUCGAUUACAAUCAUCACUAUUUCAUCAUUAAUUUGGUCAUUUAUUAUCUGUUCAAUGACAUCUAGAUGAAAUUCUUUUAUUCAUUUUCUUUCUCUGUUAACAAUCACAAUUCAAUGUUUUUUCGUUUUUGCUUCUUCAAUGUUGUUUCCUAAAUCUUUCGAAACUAUAUAUAUAUACGAUUCACAUGACCCUU